UAGUUUAAUUAAAAAAAAGGCAAAAUUCGAAAGAGAGAAAGAACAAAAAAUGGAUUUGCUACCGCCGGAGACAUCACAGAACGCCAUCAAACACAGAUUCCGGUCACUAAAAUUAAUCAACAUUGACCUAGACCAAACUCUAGAAGACCAACCGUACGGCGCCGAAUAUGGCCGUCUCGACAAUGGCCUCGUUUACUACGUCCGCCGCAACUCAAAACCUCGAAUGCGUGCUGCUCUAGCUCUCGCCGUCAAGGCCGGCUCAGUUUUGGAAGAGGAAGAGGAGCGUGGAGUAGCACAUAUAGUAGAACACCUGGCAUUUAGCGCGACGGAAAAGUAUACGAAUCAUGAUAUUGUGAAGUUUUUAGAGAGUAUUGGUGCUGAAUUUGGUGCUUGUCAAAAUGCAGUUACUUCUUCUGAUGAAACUUUGUAUGAACUUUUUGUUCCUGUUGAUAAGCCUGAAUUACUCUCCCGAGCUAUUUCCGUUUUGGCCGAGUUUAGCACCGAGGUUAGGGUUUCAAAAGAGGAUUUGGAAAAAGAAAGAGGGGCUGUUAUGGAAGAGUAUAGAGGAAAUAGGAAUGCUGGUGGAAGAAUGCAGGAUGCUCAUUGGACUCUCAUGAUGCAAGGUUCUAAGUAUGCUGAUCGCUUACCUAUUGGAUUAGAGAAGGUGAUUAAAACAGUUUCUGCUGAGACUGUAAAGAAGUUUUACAAGAAAUGGUACAAUCUACAUCAUAUGGCGCUCAUAGCUGUCGGAGAUUUUUCUGAUACCAAGAGUGUAGUUGAGUUGAUAAAGUUGCAUUUUGGACAAAAAGAUUCAGGAUGUGAUCCUCCAGAAAGGCCAAUCUUUCAAGUUCCAUCUCAUGAGGAACCGCGUUUUUCAUGUUUUGUUGAAUCCGAAGCUGCUGGGUCUGCAGUCAUGAUUAGCUAUAAAAUGCCAGCAUUUGAGCUGAAGACAGUGAAGGACUACAAAGAAAUGCUUGUAGAAUCCAUGUUCCUCUAUGCGCUCAACCAGAGAUUUUUUAAAUUAUCUCGCAGAAAAGAUCCACCCUAUUUCUCAUGCUCAGCUGCAGCAGAUGUUCUAGUUCAGCCACUGAAGGCUUGUAUUAUAACCUCAUCAUGUAAAGAGAAAGGCACUUUGGAGGCUGUGGAAUCAAUGCUUCUUGAGGUUGCAAGGGUACGAUUACAUGGUUUUUCUGAACGUGAAAUAUCCAUUGUUCGGUCUUUAUUGAUGGCAGAGAUUGAAUCUGCCUAUCUGGAGCGCGAUCAAAUACAAUCGACCAACUUGCGAGAAGAAUAUUUACAAAAUUUUCUCCGCAAUGAACCUGUUGUUGGAAUUGAGUAUGAGGCUCAACUUCAAAAAACGAUUCUACCUCAGAUAUUGGCACUAGAAGUCUCGAAGUACUCGGAGAAGCUACGGACAUCACUUAGCUGUGUAAUAAAGACAAUUGAACCAAGAACCUUUGCCAUAGUUGAUGAUUUGAAAAAAGUGCAACUAAAAAUAAAUACUCUUGAGGCAGAAGGAAAGAUUUGUCCGUGGGAUGAUGAAAACAUUCCAGAAGAAAUUGUUUCUGUGAAGCCAAAGCCAGGGAGUGUCCUACAUCAGCUUGAAUAUUCAAAUGUUGGAGCUUCUGAACUGAUCCUUUCAAAUGGCAUGCGAGUUUGCUAUAAGUGCACCGACUUCCUUGACGAUCAGAUUCUUUUUACAGGAUUCUCGUACGGUGGUCUAUCUGAAAUUCCAGAAAGCAAUUAUUUUUCCUGCUCAAUGGGAUCAACCAUUGCUGGAGAAAUUGGUGUAUUUGGUUAUAGACCAUCAGUUCUUAUGGAUAUGCUCGCUGGUAAGAGAGUUGAAGUUGGUACAAAACUUGGAGCUUAUAUGAGGACUUUUUCAGGCGAUUGUUCGCCUUCAGAUCUGGAAACAGCUUUGCAGCUUGUCUAUCAAUUGUUCACAACAUAUGUAACCCCUGGAGAAGAAGAUGUCAAAAUAGUGAUGCAAAUGGCACAGGAAGCAGUUCGUGCUCAAGAGAGAGAUCCUUACACUGCAUUUGCAGACCGAGUUAAGGAGCUCAAUUAUGGGAACUCCUACUUUUUUAGGCCCAUCAGAAUUAAUGAUCUACAAAAAGUUGAUCCACUAAAAGCUUGUGAAUACUUUAACAGCUGUUUUAAGGAUCCUUCUACUUUUACUGUUGUUAUUGUUGGCAAUCUUGAUCCCACUACUGCACUUCCUCUGAUUUUGCAAUAUUUGGGUGGAAUACCCAAACCUCCUGAACCUAUUCUCCACUUUAAUCGUGAUGAACUUAAAGGCUUGCCAUUCACAUUUCCUACAAGAAUUAUUAGAGAAGUGGUCCGAAGCCCCAUGGUGGAAGCCCAAUGUUCUGUUCAGCUAAGCUUUCCUGUAGUUCUGAAGAAUGGAACAAUGGUUGAAGAGAUUCACCGAAUUGGCUUCCUGAGCAAACUUCUUGAGACAAAGAUCAUGCAAGUUCUACGUUUCAAGCACGGGCAGAUAUACUCUGCUGGCGUCUCUGUAUUCCUUGGUGGUAAUAGACCUUCCAGAACGGGUGAUAUACGUGGUGACAUCAGCAUAAACUUUUCUUGUGAUCCUGGAAUCUCCUCAAAACUGGCUGAUCUUGCUUUGAAUGAAAUAUUACGGCUCCAAGAGGAAGGACUUACGGAACAAGAUGUUUUGACCGUACUUGAACUUGAACAAAGGGCCCAUGAAAAUGGAGUGCAGGAGAAUUUCUACUGGCUGGAAAGAAUUUUACGCAGCUACCAAUCAAGGAUCUACAAUGGUGAUUUGGGAAAUGCCUUCGAGAUACAAGAUGAAGGACGCUCAAAUGUUAGACAAUCUCUUACUACAUCAACCGUGCAGUCCACAUUGCAAAGAAUACUGCCUUUUCCUUGCAAAAAACAAUACACUGCUGUCAUUCUAAUGCCUCAGACAUCUCGUUUACAGCUACUAAGGUCAUUCUUCGGAUCAUCUCCGAGCAGUUAUACCGAAAAUGCGAAGAUUGGAGCAAGCAUUGCUAGUCUGACUGUUUUGGCUUUCACCUUCUGGAGAUAUUAUUCAAGAAGUACCCAGAGAUCUUAGGAGUCUUUUGGUAUAAUUUUAUAUAUUACGAAGAUUGAAGAUUUUCGCGAUGACGUCAGGUUUAUUUUUCAACUUUUUUGACAAGAACGAACCUCUGAAACAGAACAAGUAUCACAUCUCUAGCAGAAAAUCGGAAAAGUGCAGCUGUAAUAGUCAAAGCAGUAGCAUCCUCCGUAGCCAGUCACAUCCGGUCUAUCCUUCCCGGUGGAUAACCUGAACCUCAUGCGCAGGUGAGGAGCCAUUAGAAAAGGCCAUGUAGUCUUUUGUUUUAUUUGAAAUAAGAUAAAAAAAAGGGUAGGUUGGAGGACAUUUAGCUUUAUAGAUGGAUCUAUUUUAGUAUUAAAUCCUUCAGGUGAGAUCAUUCAUCAAUUCUUCAUUCAUUUUUUACUUCAAUCCGUCACUUUCCUUUCAUUUGGACUUUGUGUUUGUGAUUUGAGUCAUGACAAUUACAAAUAUUGGACCUCAGAUUUGUUUGUAUAUUAUUGAUUAUUCCCGUUUACCAAACAAGUCCCUUACUAAAUAUAA